AUGUCACUUAUAAAAGAAAAUAAGUGUAUAUAUAUCCGGCGACCGGUGGACCCUUCAGCUCUCUGCCCGAUCAGUGGCGCCGUAUGGUCCUUUAUCUGUUUGCUCGAAGAGCUCCAUAAAUCAGCCGUGUAUGUUGCUGGAGAGGCUGAUCAGGAUAGGGUUUUUUGGGAUUCAACGGAGCCGUUGGUUUGGAUUUUCCUCCGAAUCUUUUCCACAUCGCCCAAUAUACUCUCAGCAAUCCUUUGUCUGACGGCCGGCUUCGUCGCGCUAUCGGUGGAGGAGUCCGUUGUAGAGACGGUCUCUUCGGCGUUUGAUUUUGAGAUGGGGACGGCGACCCUAUCGUUGGAGGUGGCUUCCAGCGGAGCUGUGGCAGCUGGCGUCGUUGGGGACACUUUGGAGAUUGGCGAGUAUUGGAGCUGGGGGGAUAUAGGAAUUCUUGAUGAUUCAGAAAGGGUAGAGUCCUGUUCCCGGCAGCUGAAUCACAGCCGGCGUCGAUCAUAUUACGAGUCGUUGAUUGUUCGCGAGAAGCAGCCGAAUUCGCUCAUCUUGUCCAAUUACGCGCAGUUCUUGUACCAGUUCGAGUGGGAUCGGGACAGGGCGCAAGAGUACUUCAAGUUGGCUGUGAUGACGGAGCCGGUGGACGGAGAGGCGAUGCACAAAUACGCCGAUUUUCUGUGGCACGAGCGCGGAGACUUGGCUGGCGCGGAGGAGAUGUUUUUGGAUUCAAUUGAGGCGGAUCCUACCAGCUCCUAUCAUCAGAGCUCUUACGCGAAUUUUCUCUUACUAACAGGCGGGGAUGAGACUUGCUUCCCGCUCGACCACCGGCGGUAGCCAAAUCAGCUAACUCUGUGUUCUAAAUAGUAUGACAAAUAACUUCCAUUUGUAAAAUCAACAAGGAUGUAAAAUAAGCCCUUGUUUGUGCCGAAAUUUGUCUUUUUUUAUUUAAUCGUAUUUU